CUUGGCGGCUCUGCACAAAGAUCCGAAAGGCAUUUGUUCCCAAGGGAAGCAGUGAUUUUCGAUUUUACUAAGAAGUCAGCUAGCAUUUCUCAACAUUCCUCUCUUUCCUUGUUUUAAAGAAAGCUCUGGUUUUGUUUCAUUUUCAGCCGGAGACUUUAAUGACACCAAGCAGAACCUACUUAGUUUAGAAUUUCAGAAAUUGGAUGGUGGAAAAGCCAGCAUGAAGUUUGCAGGUUUGGUUUGUUUCCUUCUGCUUAUCAUCUGUCAAACUGACUUUGGACAAAAUGAAGAAGCACCUAGGAAGCAGCGGAGGAAAAUGCACCACAGAAGACUGAGGGGCAGCUCCUCGCCUGCCCGCAGGUCCAGCAGGCAGUUGGGGGACCAGCGGACAAUGGUCACACCUGGAGCAACACGUCCCCUGCUGAACCUGGACUACAGCACAGAGGAAAAGUUUGACUCUUUUCUAGGUUUUCUUGGAGUAGAAUCAAGUUAUAACGUGUUACCAGGAAAGAAGGGACACUGUCUGGUAAACGGGAUGACCAUGUACAACAAAGCUGUGUGGUCUCCUGAGCCAUGCACGACCUGCCUCUGCUCCAAUGGAAGGGUGCUUUGCGAUGAAACCGUGUGCCCCCCUCUGACAUGCCCCCAAACGAUCACACCGGAAGGAGAGUGCUGUCCAGUCUGCGUGGAUACCGCUUCUCCCCAGCCACUCACUGGUACAGCCGUAAGCGAUACAAGUGAAUUUUCUGGUGAUUCUUCAGAACAAAGAGAAGCAACCAACUUACCCUGUAAGCAACUGACACCUUGUCCGCUGGAAAUGAACCCAGUGUUGCAAAAAGAGGAACUUCGGUUUGAGGAGGAUGAAGAAGAAAUUAAAGAAGAUAAAGAUAAGGAGCAGAAGAAACAGACCACUGACCCCGGAGAGCAGGGGAGACCCCUCAGUGAAGGGCGGAGCAGAGAAGGGGGAGAGCAGAGACCCCACGAGGAGGGGAGGCAGGCCCAUCAAAGAGGACACCCAGCAAGGGAGGAGGAGGAGGAGAAAGAGGAGGGAGAGGGGGAGGACAAUGACGAGGAGGAGGAGGACGGCGAUGACGAAGAGGAGCACGAUGACACCAUCAGAGGAGACGUGUUCAGGAUGCCCUCAAGACCCCGGGUCCCCCCCCCUCCCAGACGCAUGCCACCUCUGCCCAGCGGGUGCUCUCUGUCCUACAGGACCAUCAGCUGCAUGAGCGCGGGCCUCACGCAGAUGCCACCACUCACGGCACCAGAGAUAACAAGCCUGGAGCUUGCUGGCAAUGCCAUCACCUCCAUUCCUGAUGAAGCAUUUAAUGGGCUGCCGAAUUUGAAAAGGCUUGAUCUGAGCAAAAAUAAUAUCACGUCCCCGGGCAUAGGGCCCAAAGCAUUCAAGCUUCUGAAGAAGUUACUGCGCCUGAAUAUGGACGGGAACAAUCUGGUAGAGAUUCCUCCUGACUUACCAUCUGCAUUAGAAGAACUUAAGAUCAAUGACAACAGUCUGCAGGCUAUCAGUGAAGAGAGCUUAUCCGACCUAAAUCAGCUGGUCACCUUAGAACUGGAAGGAAACAAUCUCAGUGAAUCCAACGUCAACCCUUUGGCUUUCAAAUCUUUGAAGAGCUUAUCCUACCUGCGUCUGGGAAGAAAUAAAUUCAGAAUUAUACCACAGGGGCUUCCGGCUUCUAUUGAGGAAUUAUACCUGGAAAAUAACCAAAUUGAAGAAAUAACCGAGAUUUGUUUCAAUCACACCAGGAAGAUCAAUGUCAUUGUGCUACGAUAUAAUAAAAUUGAAGAAAACAGGAUUGCUCCUUUAGCCUGGAUAAACCAAGAAAAUCUCGAGUCGAUCGACCUGUCCUACAACAAGCUCUACCACGUCCCCUCCUACUUGCCCAAGUCACUGCUGCACCUCGUGCUCCUCGGGAACCAAAUCGAGCGCAUCCCUGGCUACGUAUUUGGCCACAUGGAGCCAGGCCUGGAGUAUCUGUACCUGUCAUUCAACAGACUCUCAGAUGACGGCGUGGACAGAGUCUCCUUCUACGGGGCAUACCAUUCUCUGAGAGAGCUGUUUCUGGACCACAAUGACUUAAAAUCUAUACCACCUGGGGUACAAGAAAUGAAAGCACUCCAUUUUCUGAGGUUGAACAACAACAAGAUACGGAACAUUCUUCCAGAACAAAUCUGCAAUGCUGAAGAAGAUGGCGAUUCAACCCUGGAACACCUUCAUCUUGAAAACAAUUAUAUUAAAACAAGAGAAAUAUCAUCCUAUGCAUUUUCAUGCAUAAGAUCAUAUUCAAGUAUAGUUCUUAAACCACAAAAUGUCACAUAAUUCCAAGUUUUUGUUCAUCACUUACAAACCAUACUCCUGUAUUUGUUGUAGUAGCAUCUGUCAUCAAUAAGUGAGACCCAGCCCACAGAGAAACAACCAAAACACACCCUGAGUUUAGUUUUCCAGCAGUCUUAGUGGAAGUGCAGCUUCACACUCUAGAAAAAAGCCCCCUCCUGCAACUUUCCUCAAGAGAACAGGAUCUUACUCGCUGCUGAGUUAGACUGGGAAAAUCUGGAGCAAAAUAAGAAUGUCCUUUACAACUGACCUGAAUAUUGCUUUAGGCUAGGCUCUAAGUCCCUUUAAAAAAUACAUGUGUUACGGUUCGAGACCAAGAAGUGCAUGGCAGGAAAAAAAAAAAUAGGCGGAACUUACAAAUUAAUGUUCUGUUUAUUAUCCUACUGUCAAAAUAAUUUAGUAUUUUCUAUAAGAUCCUAUGCUACAAUUAUUGGUAUAAAUAUACUUAGUGAUUGGGUUUGCUUAGUUCCUUUUUUAAUCACAUGUGUAAAAUUAAAAUACUCCUGUCAUGUUAAUUUCCUGGUUUUGAGGACUGUAGUAUUGUUAUAUACUGCUUAUUAACAUUAGAGGAAGCUGGGAGAAGGGCAUAUGUGAGUUCUACACUAUUUUUGAAACUUUAGUACAAAAUCUAAAAUUUCUGUGUCAGUUUAAAAAAUUAAACAAUAUUUUAAGAUCACCCUCAUUGUUCUUUAUUCAAGAUCAAAAGAUCUUAUGGAAAGUAGUGGACUUUGCUUAAAAUAUGUUCAUUGUCCUUGACUACACCUUGUAAAUAUAAACCCUAAGGCAUGCAUUUUUGAAAAUUUUUGCUCCAAUGGUUACUGUUAGCAACUACCUUCUUUCAAUGUGCUCAAAAGUAUACUUUUAUUCAGUUCAAUUUAACAUAAAGCUAUUAGUAUUUACUAUGUACUAGAACCUGCCAAAACCAUAUGGUAUUAAAAUUUUUAUUAUGUAA